AUGGCGAAUUCCAUAUUAUUAAAGCUGAGCUCACUGAGAUUUGCUUCAGCAACUUUAAUACAACCAUGUCGUACAACAACUUCAAAACAUUUCAAUCCCAAGUAUAAAAAGGAAAGGGCUGGUAAAUACCUAAAACUUGAUUUGCCUCAACCUAAUCAAGAUGUAGGAGAAAUGACUCCAGAGAAAAUGAGACAAAAAAUGAAGGAAAGGGGAAUCUUGCCACCAAGACCUUGGAUGGAGCGUCCAUUCUAUAUUUCUGCGACCGGUGGUGUGUUUGAGCCUUACAUACCACCGGAAGGCGACGGCAAAGCAUCCAUUGUUUCAACUACCCGUGCCAAGCAAACCGUGCAGUUGUUAGAGAAGAAAUCCAAGUCUAUGAUGGCCAUAAGAAAGAUUAAAUCUUUCGACGAGGACUUCAGCACAGCUGAUUUCUGUAGCAAGGCUCAGGACAUUUAUAUUAAGGCGCAUGAGAGUCUUGCUAAUGACGACAAACAUGCAAUGCGGAUGUAUGUUACGGAGAAAGCUUAUCCUGAGUUCAGGCACAACUCUCGCUUGAAGACCAUCAGGUGGAAGUUCCUGGAAUCGCUGGAGCCGCCGCGCGUGGUCCAUGCUCGCUGCACGGAUAUUGUCAGCAAGGAAAACAUUUUUGGACAGGUAACAGUUCGUUUCCACACGCGGCAGCAGCUGGCAGUAUAUGAUCGCUUCGGUCGUUUGCUUCACGGCAGCGAGAUCCUCGCCAAAGAUGUACUGGAAUAUAUAGUGUUCGAGAAACAUCUCGCAAACCUUUACGGGACCUGGCGCAUUCACGCCAAGAUAAUCCCAGAUUGGGCACCACCUAAGGAACCCUCGAAGCACACGAGGGUCAUCGCUGACCCCGAUCCUGAAUCGAUACCAGAAGUGGAAACUCCCGAGAAGACCGAACGGGAAACUCCUGCGAUAGCUGAUAAAUAA